CUGCCGCUAACAAGGAAUUCAAGAUUUCGCACAUUUUCAAGAAUGUAUCAAAGUUGGAAGAAGACAAAGAAUCAUACAGUCCCAAUGAAGAACAUUUCAAUGUUCCAUGGAAGAUAAGCAUUGCACGCACUGCUAAUCAUUUAGAUGUCUACUUUUACUGCUCCAAACUGUAGGUAAACGAAGUCGCCUGGUCCAUUGAUGCAGAAUUCGAACUGACAGUCAAGAGUUCGAGUGGCAAAAGAACUACGAAAAUUACAAAUUGUCAAUUUGCGAACACGACAAAUAAUGGAUGUGGCUGGGAUAAGUUCAUGAGUUGGGACACACUGAUUAAAGAUUACCUGAUCGAUGACAGUGUUAUUAUCGAGGCAGCUGUCAAGAUCACUAAAAUGCACGGAAUCUCUAAAAAAGCACUGAAAAGCUUCGAAAAAACCAAUGAAAAGUUCUCCGAUGUGGUUCUUUCCGUUGAAGAUAAAAAAUUCUUCGUUUUGAGAAAAUUCCUGGCAUUUCACUCCACCUACUUCGAAGCUCUUCUUCUCGGAAAAUUCAAAGAAGCUGACAAUUCAGAAGUCACCCUCAACGACAUCAAUUCGACCGAUUUUCAGAAUCUUCUAGAGCUUCUUUAUGGUGAAACUGCUAUUGAUAACGAUUCAGUCGACGGAAUUCUCCACCUGGCUCACAUCUACGACGUGCCAGUUGCAAAUCGAAAAUGCGAAGAAUUUCUUCUCGAAAAAUCUGGAAAAUCGAUUAAGGAUCUGCUUAAAAUUGCCAAUCAAUACCAGCUGGAGAAUUUGACGAAGGAAUCCCUUGCGAAAAUCAAUUCAUUUGACGAUAUCAAAUCAGCAGUGGCCGGCGAUUUAGAAGAAAUGGAUCCAAAAGUGGUGGCGGCGCUUCUCAGAAAAGCUAUCGAUUUUCAUUAA